CGACUGCAUUCUCAUAAUCUACGUGAUCAUAAAAUUCAUACGCAAGUGGAGGAAUCUGAACCGCCUAACAGACCUGCUGCUCCUGUACAAGUGGAACAUUGGCGGUGUGCUGCUGACCAUCACCUCACAGAGUGCAGUAACCAGAGAAUGCAUCACCAUCAAAAUCUAGGCGAAGCAGCUGCCAUGUCAGGCAUGCUGCCGCCUUAUGAAGCAAUGGCAAUGUACGAACAGCCGAAGCCCCGCUUCAUCUUCAAGAUGCCACGUGUUGUGCCGGAUCAGAAAGCAAAGUACGACAGCGACGAGCUGUUCCGGCGUCUUGGUCGGGAGACUGAGGUUCGUUAUACUGGAUACAGGGAGCGUGCCAUUGACGAGCGGCGCUUGCGAUUUGUCAACGACUGCCGGAAGGGCUAUGCGGAGCUCUCCUUUGUGACAUCGGGCACCAAUGUGCAGCUCUACUUCAAUGCGAGUCACAAUCCCUAUGCCCAGGACCAGGAGUGCGACUUUGAGCGGGAGCGUGGCAAGGUGCAUCUUCGCUCCCAUUUCAUUAUGAACGGAGUUUGUGUGCGCUUCCGCGGCUGGGUGGAUCUGGAUCGACUGGACGGCGUCGCCACAUUGGAGUUUGACGAGGGACGCGCCCAGCAGGAAGAUGCCCAGCUGCGGGAACAGAUCGAGAGCUAUAACCAACGCAUGUCCGCGGCGAAGCGCAUUUAUCCCGUACCGAACACACCCCCCGAGGACCACAUUCGUCGUGGCGGACCCGGAGCCAUGCCGGGUGGACCGAUGGGCUGGUAGAGAUUGGGAUACUAUGUAGAGCGAAAUCGUUGGAUAGCCGAUUUUUAAAAUCACCUUCAUUGCCAGUAGAUUAGGUAGAAAACUGAGUACCAUCUGAAUACACAUAAUUCUCAUGUCA